GGUGUGGUGGGUCUUCCUAAUCCAUUGAAGAGAAAUUAUUAAAAUAUGAAGUCUGCUCUUAUCUAAAUCACCCUUAUUUAUCCAGAUUAAGACAGCCUUCAACAGAAUAUAAGAAGCUGCAAAGUUCCCUUCUUUUGGGGCAGAGUCAAUUCAUCAAUUAGGAGUUGGGUGAGAGAAUGGAAGCCACAGAGCAGAACAAUUCAAAGGUGGUGUUGAUUGAUUGUUUGCAGUCAUGGGAGUUCCACGUCAACCAAGCCUAUAAUCAGAAUACUCCUGUUGUUGUUCACUUCACUGCUUCAUGGUGCAUGCCAUCGGUGGCUAUGACUCCUGUUUUUGAAGAACUGGCUUCAAGCUAUCCGGAAGUUCUGUUUCUCACUGUUGAUGUUGAUGAAGUCAAGGAGGUAGCCACCAAAAUGGAUGUAAAGGCAAUGCCAACAUUUUUGCUGCUGAAGGACGGUGCUGCGGUGGACAAGGUGGUUGGUGCCAAUCCAGAAGAGAUAAAGAAAAGGAUAGAUGGGGUUGCUGAGUCCACUCGUGUCUCACUGGCAUAGUUAAGCAUCUGUAUGAUAUUCUACUGUUGCAAGUUGCAAGUUGCAAGUUGCAAGAUAUGUGCUUGUGGUCCUGCACUGCACUAUGGCAUCUGAGUCAAAGCUUUUUGUGAUGUUGUAUGUUGUUGAAUAUCAGUUCAAGUGUAAUUUCCAAAUUUGAUAAGCGCAAUGCUUUGGUUACUGAUUAAUAUCCGCAGUUUUUGUAUCAGCCAAAAUUUUACAUUUCGUAGUUUUGGUUGUUGUGGAUUUAUGGUGCUCUUUCCCUGCAAGUUGUGAAUUCAAGGGUUAUGUCCUGCUGUCUUUAUAUUGGUUCUUUUGCGAAUGAAAUAUAUAUGUAUAUUUUCAAGAUAUGUCUCAAUCAGUUGAGUUUAAUGUAUGAACUGGUUUGCCAA